AUGUUCUGCCUUGGCGUCAUUUUCGAUGACGUCCUCAUUGUGUUCCCAUUUCAACACUUAGAGUAUGUCUUUGUUCUUUAGUCUGCUGUUAGCAUAACUGCAGAGUACUUUUGGCUCAUCGACGACACGUUCCAUACUUCGCGUUUUAUACUCCUUCAGCGACCCGCGGAUAGUCGAUCUUACCUCGUUUCGAUUUUGGCGAAACCGCUCAUAAUGAGAUGGUUGUUUUGUUGUUACAUGCCUUCUCCGUAGUCUGUUCUUCCGUUUUACCUCAUUCUUUAUAUCCUGCGUCAUCCAGGCAGGCUGAUUAGUCGGUUCCGCAGAAUAAAGUGAGCUACAACUCCUUUGAGAGUGUUCCAAUCAACAUCUGGAUGUCCAGUAAGAACGCCAUGCCAAUUCACUACCAAUAAUUCAAUUCUCAUGGCGUCAAAAUUUCCUAGCCAGAAAUUCGGCCGAAGGUCAGUCGUAUCCAUUUGUUGGCCGCAUAAGCGGUAUUCCCGAAACAACAUGACGCGGUGCUAUGCACCUAAGUUUUGUAAAGAAUACACUAAACGGCUCCGCCUUGUUUGUCUAAUCGGUGAGGGAGAUUUUUUAUUGUCGUUUAGCAAGGGUGGAAUUUCGUGACCACGCUUAGAGGAAGACUGAUAACGGAUUUGGCAGGGUUCAGGUCGCUGAGAGCAAAUGAUUUUCAGCGCCUGUCACGCGUUCGACGCAUCUUCGAGGCAGCGCAGUAUCCAAGUUGUUCUUACCCGAACAAGUACACGCGAUGUUGUUUUGGAGUCAAUACGGUGACCAUUACCAAAAAGGGUGUUUUUGUGCAAGAAAAGCGGACGAGUAUAUUCUGCUGCCCUAGAAGGAAUUUCGACAAUCACACAAGUGAUCUGGUUGCCCGUAUUCCUUGAGUAGACAACCAAGAAUCCGUUCUGUGUCUUAGCGACUUUAUGGGAAAAGGCGCUCCGACGGACGUCCGUAUGGGAAAAAUUCCUCUGAAGGGGUUUCCCAGAGUCCACGUCAUGCAUUCUGAAGGAAUGGGUGACCCAGGCCUAGAUCUUCAUGAAUACGCCAGUGCUGUCCUCAAAGAUGGGAAAAUUUUCGUCGUGAAAAAAGCUUCCGACCAGACAAAGCAUACUCAGACCGUGACCUAAUGACAUCCCGAAGGCCCCUAAAAGUUACUUUCGAAAAGCAAACACAGGCAGCUAUCCUGCAGGAAGGGAAAAUGACCUUACGAAACUCGCACAAAGAAGUAUUUUUUAACCGGACUACGAACCAGGGAAAAGAUUGAAAAUGAGGGAACUGAGGAGAGAACCGAGGAAGAAAAUUAGUAGAGGGGAGAAGGAUCUUAAAAUCGAAAACGGUCAAAAACCGGGCCAAGGAGUCUUUCCUGCAGCCAAAACCCGUCACAAUGAAGGCUGGUCCUCUGCAACGAAAGGAUCGCUAGGGGCUAUCUACACGAAUAUACGAAGCCUAUUCAACGGAUUGGAUGAAGUGAGAAAUUAGUUGAUGAAAUUAAACCAGGCAUUAUGACUUUUACAGAAACAUGGUCUUUUGCUGAUAUUGCAGAUUCAGAAAUAUUACUUAGAGGAUAUGAACAGUUCAGGAAAGACAGACCAAUCCAAAGAGGAGGUGUCAAGAUUUAUGUCACAUGCAAGCUGAUCGCUAUGGUUGAGGUAAAUAUUUUGGUACCGGAUGCAAGGCUGUUGGUCAUCAGCAUAGCUACUAAAUAUAUCGGACAAAUAACGCCUUCAGUGGCGUACCGUUCGCCUAACCAGACUUUCCACCACGAUCUCCGAUCAAAAACUACUACAAUAACCGACGGACAGACGCCUCUCCCAGGAUGUCACUUUUAAAAAGCGGGCUGGAAAAGGACAGCCACUGAACAACCUUGAUGUUAUCUUUAACUGAGAGGAGGAAAAUGUGCUAGACCUGCAGGACCAACCGGCAUUAAGAUUAAGCGAUCACCUUACGCUGUACUUCGGGUAGUCACUGUUUUCUACACUAGUUUUGCCUGAUAGAUGGAAGAGAAACGAUUAGAAUGGGGACUACCCACUUAUGAGAAGAAAGGCGUCAGUAGUAUCAUGGUAACAGAACGGCACGUUGGUGCAACUGACAUUUGGAGUGCCUUUAGUUCCUGAGUGAAAAUACUUGUUAACCUCUAAUGUCCUCUGGGAAAAAGUCAGUUACAAACCGCCACAUUGCGUAAGCUCGAGCUUGCAAGCCUCUUUCAAACAAAGUCAUCGCUUUUUGAUGUGCUACAGACUAGCCGGCUCCGAUAAAUACCUACAGAAAUGUAAACAGCAACAUAAAAUUUGCAACAGCGGGGUACCAAACAGCGAAGGAAGGUCGAACUGAACAUACUGCAGAAUUCGUUGGAACGCCCAAAAGUCUAUGUGGUUACAUAAGGAGUACUUGAAAAAUUUAGGUAUUGGUACCUACACUUUGGGCUGCAGACGGAAAACUGGACACCGACAAACAGGCUGAAGCAUCUCCCUUUUCAGAUUUCUUCUGGUCCGUCUUCAUCCGAAGACCCAAUCCUUUUUGUCUCUCCACCCGUUCGCCAACCAGUUUCUCCCACCUUCGACCUCCUCCUCCUCCUCCUCCUCCUCCUCCUUCUUCUUCUUCUUCUUCUUCUUCUUCUUCUCCUCUUCUCACUCCUCAUCCUCCUUCUCCUUCUCCUCCUCAUUACAGGAAGCAUAA